AGCCAUCAAAAGACGUGUUGUCGUUAUUCGCCAAACUCACUUGUGUGGAAGCGCAUGUUCUGAAAUGAAUCUCCCGAUUAAUAUUGUGCUACCGCUCCUUGCUGCGUCAUUCGUCUUUCAGAUUGGACAAGUCAUUUGUCAUGGACGUCUAAUGGAUCCUCCAUCUAGAAACGCAAUGUGGAGAUUUGGUUUCCCCAAUCCAGUUGACGUGAAAGAUAAUGAACUUUGGUGCGGAGGACAAACAGUGCUCUGGGAUGUUAACGGAGGCAAAUGCGGUGUUUGCGGUGACCCAUGGAAUGAGACCCAACCUCGCGCUCACGAAAUUGGAGGACACUAUGCAAAUGGUCUGCUUGGACGACGUUACACUCCGGGACAAGUCAUCGAUGUUGAAGUUGAGCUAACUUCAAAUCACAAAGGUCACUUUGAAUUGCGGCUCUGUCCGUUAUUUGGAUAUCAGGCGGUGAAUGCCGAAACUGAAAAUUGUUUCGAUAAGUACCCACUGUACCUUGAAGGUCAGUCAACUUAUAAAUUUACGAUUCCCGAAGACUCCGCUAAGCACGCGAUAUUGAAAUAUCGCGUCAAACUCCCUAACCAAGUCACCUGUACCGCCUGUGUCAUUCAAUGGGUUCAUUACGCCAGUCAUCUCAACGGGACGUGUGAUGACGGAACUAUGGCGAUUGGAUGUGGAAAUCAGGAAGUAUAUCGGAAUUGUGCGGAUGUGGCAAUUAUUACAACCACGGGAGGUUUUGAGCCAUUCGGAGUGAUUCCUACAGUUCCAACCAGUCAAAAUGUUAACCCGUACGCCUUAAAAUUAUGGAACAAAACUAAAAAUGGGGAAAUUAAGGAGGAAACUUUGGUUGUCCGCUCGCAAUUUUGCAUGGCAAUUGGAAAAUACCGAAGCAUAAGUUACUUUGAUUCGUGGUGCAUGAGUAACUGUCUAAAGUACCCGCCAACUUGUCCGGAGCAUGCUUGUAAAUGCACGUCGAGUUGUGUCCCAAGAAAAGAUUUGCCCAAAGAUGAACAAGCGGCCGAAGAAUUAUUUUGUCAGCAUGACUGCAUGCAAUCCCCUUUCAGUGAAAGAUGUUCUCGAAUUUGUGAUUGUGCUUAAAGUAGCACCUGUUCAAUUCUUAUUUACAUCUCGAAAUUCUUUUAAAAAUCCAAACCAAUAUUUGCAACUGUUUUUACAGCAUUUUAAAAUUGGGUAAGUCUUUCAAAAAUUACGCAAUGUAACAAAUAUAAUAAUAAUAAUUCGGAAAAUGAAAUAACCUCGAUGAUACAGAAAACUGUUAAGAAUUGUUUUCACCGUUCUUUUAAAUAAACUUUUUAGCUGGGUUA